GAUGCGAUAUGAUACGAGCAUUAGAAAUCAUUAAUAUCGGGAAUCCCCAUAUUUUGGGGCGGGCCCAGAUAAUAUUCCCAUUCAUCAUGAUCAUGACUACAUAUGAUGAGAAUUUGUCCAACUUUUACCUUUCAGAACGAUCUCUUCAACGAUGAACCCCUCGACAGGUCUCCAGUUUGCUCCUGAACACCAACAACACCAUUCUGAAAAGGGAUGCCGGGGAAAGCAUGAUCCUUCACACAACAAGGCAGAAGAUAUGUCAACGAAGCCCACUUCAUUGCCAUGUCGUCGAACGUUUCGCAGACCCCGGGCAGGCAGAGCAUGCGGGAUGUGCCAUUCAAGAAGAGUGCGAUGCGACGCAGGAUCUCACGGAAUUCCAUGCACAAAUUGUGAAGCAUUCUUCUUGGACUGCAAUAUACCUCCGCGAAAGAAGAACGCGAGCAGGGAAGGAACAUCCGCCGGAAGAAGGAAGUCCGCCAAUCAAUCAGUUAAGCGGCGCGGUCAUUUUGAUGAGAACGGCGAUGGAGAAGAGGAAAAGAAUGACGAUGAUGAGCUUCCUCGGCCAGUGGCGUCAAAUCACGAUGAUUUUGCCUCUCUGAUUCUUCAAGCCGGUGAUCAUAUCAAGCAGCAACCUGAUAGUACCAAACAAUACGUCAAAUUAAUAAAUCCACCAAUUUCCUCAUCGGCAAUUGAGAAUCCUGGAAAGGUAGCAUACUUACAGGAAAAAUCAUCAUUGGCAAUGCUCAUGAAGGACUAUUAUGGCACAACGGACGCCGUGCACUAUCCUCUACCGGAGGACGCUGCAAAUCAACACAUGGCUACAAAAAUGAACCCGGAAGAGAUGGAUAUCCUUGCAAAGCGAGGUGCACUGCAACUUCCACCUCGCGAUUUGUGUGAGGAGUUGAUUGAUGCAUAUUUCAAAUGGGUAGCUCCGGUCAUUCCAAUUAUCAAUAAAUCGUGGUUCAUGCAACGUUGGCACGACCUCGAUAACCAGCCUCCCUUACUUCUAAUGCAAGCAAUCUUGUUGGCUGGAUCCAGAGUUUGCACUACACCCAUGCUGUUGGAUGCAAAUGGCUCCCCCAUUCCCGCAGCUACAAUAUUCUAUAAGAGAGCAAAAGCGCUUUACGAUGCUGAUUAUGAGGAAGACCGAGUUGUGAUAGUUCAGGCACUUAUUCUUUUAGGAUGGUACUGGGAAGAACCAGGGGUGGUUACAAAAAAUGUUUUCUAUUGGAAUGGACUAGCGACUACUAUCGCCCAAGGAUUCGGAAUGCACCGAAAUCCCAGCGGAUCUCGUCUCAGUCCUGCGGAUAAAAGGCUUUGGAAAAGAAUUUGGUGGACUUUGUACAUCAGAGAUCGGUCAGUAGCAACCGCUCUCGGACGUCCAGCACAUAUCAACUUGGAAGAUUCCGAUCUGGAAAUGAUUCGGGAAGAAGAUUUUGUUGACGACCACACGGAACCUGAGGAUGAAAUACAAGUGCAAUUCUUUCUCCAAUAUGUGAAAAUAUGCGAGAUCAUGGACGACAUACUCUUUCAGCAUUACUCUUUACAAUCCAAGAAGCAUGGCAUUAAUUCUCUCAUUUUACAACAAUGUGAUCAGGCUUUGAAUGAAUGGUUUCAGAACUGCCCCAGACAGAUUCGAUGGAAUUCUUCAAACAACAACUUCUGGUCGUCAUAUCUGUACUCCAUAUACCAUACUACAAGAUGCCUUUUGUAUCGCGCCUACUUGCCAUCCGUUAAAUCGUCAUCCGAACUUCACGAGAAGCUUAAUAUUUCGCAACACCCCGCUUUUCAAUCUGCAAGCGCAAUUACUUCAGUCGCUGAAAACAUGAUAGCACGCAAUGAGUUGAGGCGCGCUCCUCCAUUUUUAAUAUAUUCUUUACUUUCUGCCCUUAUCAUGCAUGUCUAUGAACUGCAGAUCUAUCUGCCGUCAACGAAUUCAGAUGCUCGUAAAAGAGUUUUGAUUUGCAUGUCUGCUUUGGACAAGCUCUCUGAUGUAUGGCUAGUCGCUAAGAUGGUGAGAGGUCUUUUCGAGACGAUUUUGAAGGCAGCAGGAUUUGAAAAUCAUACCCUUGAGGGUACCAAACGUUUCAAGAAAAUUGGCGAACAUAAAGUGCCCGUCUUCAGCUUCAUUGAAGACCCAUUAUCAGCAUCACAAUCAGCUAGAGAGUCCAAGGAAGACAGUCUUCCACUUACGCAUUCUCUGCUAGCACAUCAAAAAGCAACAUUGAAUUUUGUAUCAGGAAAGGGUACAAGGAUUUCGAAUGAGGGUGGGACAUCAAUUAGUAACAACGACGAUUUUUCACCCACGAGCAUAUCGUCCUUGCCACCAGUUCAACAUCAACCCGCUCCACCAAUACAUGGAGGUACAGAUUUCGUCUCAGGUAAUUUGUGGCCUACUACGGUAAUGCCUAAUCCGACCCAGGAAACAGCUCAAUAUCAAGACCCUAAUUUUCCUGGGAGCAUGAAUUACUUGUCUCCAGAUCCGAUGGCAUACUGGAUACAGCCGGACUUUCAACAAAUGAUUCCUGCGACUCUGGAUGUUGCAGACUGGUUCGAUUAUUUUGGCAUGCGAUGAAGUGCUUUCCAAGUGUACUACUUCAUGUAUUUCAAUACUUCAAGAUUUGAAAUGUAGUGAAACUGGUUAGUGUCACCUUCAGCGUGAUCCUAUGAAUCUGGGCUUCUGGUGCAUCCAAAUUUCUAGAACUAUGCGGCUUGACUGGCAUACAUAAUCGGGAAUGGAUCCCGAACAGUCGACUUCAAAUAUCAAAAGAGGGUUCGCCAUUUAUCAAAAGGUUGCGAGAACAUAUUCGGUUAGCAGCCAAUUGCACAGCCAAACUCCACAACGAGCUAUACGGGACUAACCGAAACAGUAAAAAGUUGCGAUUGGCUGGCUAAACACGUGUUACAUCUUGUUCGACGGAAAUUUCGUCCUGGUUGGAGCGUAUUCAGCCUUCACCCUCCAGUAUCUAAAACCUGGUAGCGAUCAAAAGAGCUUGUUUUGGCUUUCCCUAGAUUUGUGUAAUGUAUCUAGCAUCUUGACCCGCCAUUGAGUCAUGCUCAGUUCCCUCUAGCUUGAUAUUCGCAGAGGCUUUCCAGAUCUGUAUUUGAAUUCUACCGGUUAGAAUAUUUGCAAUCUCAUUGGGAGACUAACAAUUUCUGACAGCGACUGAAUGGCAAUGAUCAAAGGUGUCAAAAUUUGUGUAUGAGUCAGGGAAAGCUGCAUCCAUGAUGGCGCAAUGUCAGGUCACUAUGUCUGGUCACUGUUCCUUGAUAUCUAAUCCCUAAGGAAUAAAUAGAAGAGCUGUAAUGAGUUGCAUGCCGAGAAUUAAGAAUCACGAAUGAUCAAAUGCCAACCUUCAUGAGUGGGAGAUAAAAUCAUGACGGCUGCGGAAAAAAUCUUGAGAGCCCAUGAUCUUGAGUCAUGGGUAUCAUCAUACAGCUUAGUAGAACUCGAGGCGUACCUCGGUCAAUUGAGCUGUUGUUCAAACAAACUGAUUUUUGGAGUAUUGAGUCUACUGAUAAUUUCGUCCAGCCCUAUCA